GUUUAUUUUGAAAGGCACGCAGGUGUACUUCCGCUUUUGGGGUCGAAGACGGAAACAUCACAAUCGAGCAUCGGCGAGGAGGAGAGCCGCAGAGAUGGAAACACGCCGGCUGUCGGUCGCCUUUCCUCCACGGAACUCAACCAAAGAAGCUUUUCCAGCGGAUGUCUUGAAAGUGAUGGUGGUCAAAGAGGAGCAGCAGGAGGAUCCCCAGCCGGCCCGUGGCAAAAACGAGGACAACCAACCGACCUGGACUCGGUUCUCGUCGACUGGGGUCCACGUGAAAGGCGAAGACGGCGACUACUUUCCCGAGACACAAGACAAGCGACAAGCGGCCACGGAAUCAGACGGAGACCGUAGCGGAGGAUCAGAAACGGAUCCUCUAUCCCACGUCGGCGCGUCGGCUUCCUGCGACACGGACGACAGCGACGGGACUAACGAACCCCCGACCAGUUCUCGGCCUGCUAAGAAAUUUGACUGCUCCGAAUGCGACAAAAGCUUCGAGCACAAGCGCAACCUGAAGCGACACAUGAGGCGCCACACGGGGGAGAAACCCUUCAGCUGCUCGGUGUGCGGCAAAACCUUCCGCCAGCGCUCCAACCUGGUGGUGCACGCCCGCACCCACACGGGCGUCAAGCCCUUCGCCUGCCAGCUGUGCCACACCAGCUUCAGCCAGCGCAUCUCGCUGGUGCUGCACGGCAGGACGCACACGGGGGAGAAACCCUUCCCCUGCUCGCUGUGCGGCGAGCGCUUCUCCCGCAAGGCCACCGUGAUGUCGCACAUGCGCACGCACACGGGCGAGAAGCCCUUCGGGUGCGACACGUGCGACCGACGCUUCGCGUUCAAGUGUCAGGUGACCAAGCACAAGUGUGGCGGGAAGUGAACGUAUUGCACCUUUAAACGCCAUUCCAAGAAGAUGCAGGACCUCUGAUUUGUUGCAACAAUGUCCUUGUUCAACAUUUUAUUUUGAUAACUAAAGAUAGUAGAGGCCGAAAAGUUUAUGGACACACCUUUUCAUUUCAGUGUGUUUUCUUUAUUUUCAUGACUAUUUACAAACCCCGUUUCCAUAUGAAAUGUAAAAUUGUGUUAGAUGUAAAUAUAAACAGAAUACAAUGAUUUGCAAAUCAUUUUCAACCCAUAUUCAGUUGAAUAUGCUACAAAGACAACAUAUUUGAUGUUCAAACUGAUAAACUUUUUUUUUAAC